GACUUCGUGUCGCCCAUCUAGAGGAUGUCAAGAAGUUUAUUUCAGUGCACCACCCUUCCGCCCUCUGUACAAGCUGCGCUCGGAAGCGCUGGAUAUGAGACAGUGGACGACGUUGCAGGUGUAUCUACUGAGGCGCUAUCUGCAGAACUCGGCAUCUCUGUUAGGGAUGCUGAAAUUUUGGUUAGCACAACGCAAGCACCGAAGGUUCCACGGAUGACCCAGUCCGUAGCAUCACUAGCUCAGGCGAACGUGUUUACGUGCAAGUAUCCUGCUGUCAACAAAGUUCUUGGGGGUGGGUUAUUGCGUGGUCACGUAUUGGAAAUAUCUGGCCCCCCGGGUAGUUUCAAGGAGUCCCUCGCUUGUGACUUUGUGCAGGCAUUCCUCAAGGCAGAUGAAGAAGUCGUGUUUGUUGACAUGCAGAACAUGUCCAGCCCGCAUGCCCUUUCUAGGCUGCUUGAAAGUACGCCGUCGGCUGGGACGUUGCUGCGUUAUAUACGUAUACACACGCUUCCAGAUCUUCUCGUAUUUCUCCGUGAGGUGAAUUCGAAAAUCACCUCCAAGACGGGGCUUUUAGUCUUAAACUCCCUGUCAUUUGUUUUUCAAUCCCAUCCGGACCUGUCACCAUCGAAAAAGAAUGUGAUCCUGGGAAGUAUUAGGCACAGUCUUCUAGAAGCAUGCGUAACUAGGAACCUUACAGUUAUAACCACAUCUCAGAUGGCGACCAAGAUGCUCCACCCUGAUGGCUCCCCAGCACACUUUGACUCAGGAGCAAAAGCAAGUCAUGGUUUCACGGCUAGGAUUCAAACGUGGCUAGGAGUGAAAUACUUACCAUUAGGCCGAUCGUUCCGCAUAAUCAUUGUGCCACAGUGCAGGAGAUCUGGGUACAUUGCAUUCACGUUCCCAACUCAUGUUUUGUGUAUUGAUAUCAAAGGUUCAGAGUCGUGA